AUGGCUGCUGGAUAUGCAUAUGAUCUUAUCUUGAUCUUUUGGCGUAUUGUUAUAAACAUCUUCUUCAGGGAGAUAAGACCUCGAGGAGCUUUCAACAUACCCAAAGAUGGACCAGUUCUCUUCAUUUGCGGUCCGCAUGCCAAUCAGUUCUUGGAUCCUCUUCUUUUGUUCUCAGAGGUCAGGAAGGAAGCUGGAAGGAGGGUAUCGAUAUUAGCAGCAGCAAAGAGUAUGGAGAGAAAGUUUAUCGGAUUGAUCGCUCGAGUGAUGGACAGUAUACCCGUGGCGAGAGCAGCCGAUUAUGCUAAAGCAGGAAAAGGACGAAUAGUACUAUCUGAAUCUGAUCCUUUAUUGGUGACCGGUAUCGACACAAACUUUUCAUCCCAGAUAAAACCUCUUUUCCAACUGGUUCUCCCCAAAUCAGCAGGAUAUGCUUCGGCUACGAUAGCUGAAGUCAUCUCAGACACAGAGCUAAGGUUAAAGGGAGAAUUCGUGGUUCCAAGUAAAGAUGGAAGUGCGAAUGUCAAAGCUUCGACUAGAGUAAGGAGUGAGGGUGAAAGCAAAGAAGGAUUAGAAUAUAAAGUCUUACCUCAUGUUGAACAAGAUCAAACGUAUGGUGCUGUUUUCCAGCGAUUACGAGAGAACGGUAGUAUCGGUAUCUUCCCCGAAGGUGGAUCACACGAUAGAACAGAUUUCCUACCACUGAAGGCUGGAUUCUCUAUUAUGGCCCUAGGAGCAAUGGCUCAAUACCCUGAAUUAGAUGUUAAGCUCGUCCCAGUCGGAUUAUCAUAUUUCCAUCCUCACAAGUUCCGUUCUAGAGCAGUCAUCGAGUUCGGUCCACCUAUAUCGGUUGAUAGAGAUUUUGUGGAGAUGUACAAACAAGGUGGCGCGAAGAAACGAGAAGCUUGUGGGAAAUUGCUGGAACAAGUUCACGAUGGUCUAAGAGCAGUAACCCUGAGAGCACCGGAUUGGGAGACUAUGCAAGUCAUUCAAGCAGCCAGACGAUUGUAUCGAAUCCCAGGUCAACAUCUCACUAUUGGACAAGUGGUCGAACUGAGUAAACGAUUCAUGGAAGGCUAUCUCGUGUACAAGGAUGAACCAAAAAUCAUCGAACUGAGACAAAAAGUAUUGUCAUAUAAUAGAUUGUUGAGAGAUAUGGGAUUAGCAGAUCAUCAAGUUGAAAGGGCUUCGAGUAGGACCCUCAAAUCCGCCUUACUACUGGUUUACAGGACUGGAUUAUUACUGUGGUGGUCAAUGUUGGCUUUACCUGGAGCUAUCUUACACGCACCCAUUUUCAUCCUCGCUAAAUUGAUCAGUAUCAAGAAAGCCAAAGAAGCAUUAGCCGCAUCAACAGUCAAGAUUCAAGGUCGCGAUGUUUUGGCAACAUGGAAAGUUCUCGUAUCACUCGCCGUCACUCCAGCACUUUAUCUAUUCUAUUGUAUAUUAGCAACGUUCCUGGCGUACAAGCACGAUUUAGCGCCGGCUUGGAGACAUUGGACACCUGUAGCUAUCUUCGUAUUGCUUCCUGGCUGGGCAAUUGCCACGUUGAAAUUCGGUGAAGCGGGUAUGGACGUGUUCAAAUCCCUUCGACCGCUCUUCCUCUCCUUGUGGCCAGGUAGUCAACGUGAAGUGAACAAACUGCGUCAAAUGCGUGAGAGCUUAGCCAACGAAAUCAGUGAGGUGAUAGACGAGUUUGGACCUAAGAUGUAUCAGAACUUCCAAUCAGCUCGUAUCCUACCGUCAGCUACUGUCCCUCAAACGGGUCGAAAUCCAGGAAUGUUCCAGCGCAAAGCCCAAGCUCCAGAUUCUUCCGUACUUUCUCAUCCGAUGCUGUGGCUCGAUGAGCGCAUCUUUGGAUGGAAUCGAAGCGCAUCUAUUGGUCAGAGUGUAUGGAACACAACGAAGAUGGAUAGAAACAGAUCAGAACCUUCAACUGCUCCUACAAGUCCUGCAGAAUCAGACAACGAAGAAGAGGCUGACGUCGAUUACGAUGAUGUGUUGGCAAUUAUCGAUACCCGGCGAGCUGGAGCUGGAUCACCCAGAGGACGUAGAAGAGGAAGGUCAUACCAUGAUUUGACUCAUUUGAAAUCUGAGACAAACUCAAGUGCGACUUCUCCUGUACUGGAUUCAAGUGUACCACUACCGACAGCAGAUGAUGAAGGUAUUCCCAAAAUUUACAAGAGACCAGGUGCCGGUUUCAAAAAAGAAGAUUCGGCAGAAUUACCGACAGAUGGACUGGGCUUGAAAUUAGGUAGUGGUGAUAAGGCCAAAGAUGAAUAA